AGCUCUCCCCGCCCCCCUCUCCGGGCCGCUCCUUGUAUGGUCUGGGCGCCGCACUCCGCCCGCCCCCUCCCGCCCUCCCUUUUCCCGGCGUCCGUCCCUCCACUCCCGGCUGGAGGCGGCCGGGGACCCGGACGCACAGUCUGCGGACCCAGCGCCCAGCGCUCACCGGGACCCGGAGCGCGCGCUCCCGCCGGCGCAUCCCGGCCAGCGCAGCCAUGGCGGCCCCCCGCCCGCCGCCCGUCAUCUCCGUCUCGGCUCCGGCUUUUUACGCGCCGCAGAAGAAGUUUGCCCCGGUGGUGGCCCCGAAGCCCAAAGUGAACCCUUUUCGGCCUGGGGACAGCGAGCCUUUCCCGGCGGCGGCCGGAGCCCAGCGUGCACAGAUGGGCCGGGUGGGCGAGAUCCCCCCACCACCCCCGGAAGACUUUCCCCUACCCCCACCUCCCCUCUUUGGGGAUGGUGACGAAUCUGCAGGUGCCCUGGGAGGGGCCUUCCCACCUCCGCCUCCCCCGAUCGAAGAGCCUUUCCCCCCUGCGCCCCUGGAGGAGGACAUCUUCCCCUCCCCGCCACCUCCAGUGGCAGAGGAGGGAGGGGCCGAGGCCCCUGUCCCGCUCCCACCGCAGCCUAGGGAGAAGGUGAGCAGUAUUGACCUUGAGAUUGACUCUCUGUCUUCACUGUUGGAUGACAUGACCAAGAAUGAUCCCUUCAAAGCGCGGGUGUCAUCUGGAUAUGUACCCCCACCAGUUGCCACUCCGUUUGUUCCCAAGUCCAAUACGAAGCCUGCAACAGGGGGCACGGCACCCCUGCCUCCUUGGAAGACCCCUUCUUCGAACACACAGCCUCCAGCUCAGGCCCAGCCUCAGAGCCAGGCUUCUUUCCAUGUCCAGCCCCAGGCUAAGCCCCAGCCGGUGUCCUCUGCUAAUUCACAGCCCCGAGGUCCUCCAGCUCCAUCUCCAGCCCCUAAGUUUUCUCCGGUGGCUCCCAAGUUUACACCUGUGGCUUCCAAGUGGAGCCCUGGAGCCCCGAGUGGUGCCGGACCACAACCUAAUAAAAAACCAGGGCCUCCGGAAGCCCCAUCUUCCACCAGCCUGGGGCCCCCUCAGCCUCCCAGUUUCACCUAUGCACAGCAGAGGGAGAAGCCCCAAGUGCAGGAAAAGCAGCAACCAGCACCCCCACCACCACCUCAAAACCAGGUGCGCUCUCCUGGGGGCCCGGGACCCCUGACCUUGAAGGAGGUGGAGGAGCUGGAGCAGUUGACCCAGCAGCUGAUGCAGGACAUGGAGCAGCCUCGGAGGCAUUCGGUAACUCUGUCUGUGGAUGAGACUUGUGGUCAAUGCCAAAAGCCACUGAUCCGGACAGAGCCCGCGGUGAGAGCCAUGAGCAAGCUCUACCACCUUGCCUGCUUCACCUGCCGCAAGUGUGAGAAGCAGCUUCAGGGGCAGCAGUUCUACAACGUGGAAGGGUCACCCUACUGUGAGGGCUGCUACACCAACACCCUGGAGAAGUGUAACUCCUGUGGGCAGCCCAUCACAGAACACAUGCUGAGGGCCUCCGGCAAAGUCUACCACCCGAAGUGCUUCACCUGCGUGGUCUGCGGCUGCCCCCUGGAGGGCACCUCCUUCAUCAUGGACCAGGCCAACAAGCCCCACUGCGUCCCAGACUACCACAAGCAGUACGCCCCGAAGUGCUCUGUCUGCUCAGAGCCCAUCAUGCCGGAGCCCGGCUGCGAAGAGACUGUGCGAGUGGUAGCUCUGGAGAAGAACUUCCACAUGAAGUGUUACAAGUGUGAGGACUGUCAGAAGGUUCUGUCCAUCCAGGCUGAUGACGAGGGCUGCUUCCCUCUGGAUGGUCACGUGCUUUGUCGGACUUGCCACACUGCUAGAGUCCAGAGCUGAGUGAGACCCGGGGCCGCCUUUCCAGUCGUAGGCCCAUUCCCCAUCGAGGACCACCCACACUGAGACCAGUCCCUGCCUCCGCCCACCCAGCCCCUCCCUCCUUCCAUUCCCAAACCCUCUGCCAGCAUCUCCAGUGCUCUGGACCCAGGGCCCCAGUAUGGCCUGGUGGGUGCUAAGGCCCAUCCUGGGGCUUCAGUCUUUGCUCGUUCUGUAGGGAUCUCCAGGACCCCACCCGAGGGGCACCACUUUAGUGCUGCUGCUUUCACCGCUGCACCCGCGACCCUGGCCGUCCUGAGCAGUCUCUGCACUCUGCUUGCUGAGAGCUGGGAGUUU